UAUCCCCACCAAAUUUCCCGAAAUCAGACUUGGCCUCUUUCUCUCCUCACCAUCGUCGCGCCCUGCCACUGCCGUCACGACUCGCCGCCACGACCAGCGCCGCUGCCACGCCGGCCGUUUGCUCGGCCGGACUCUACCAUCGUUUCCCAUAAAUCGGUUCCCGAUCUCAGGUUUAGGGUUCCGCCGAGCAAGAUUUUGAAGAAGGCGUCGGACGGCGCGGUCGUCUCCUGCCUGCGGAUUGCCACUCCCGUCGACCAGAUACUAUUUCAAACCAGAAGCUGCUCGUCGCUCCCACUCCAACGCCUAAAUCGCAGCCGCGCAGUGAAUAUGGGGGAUCAGGAUGAAUUUUUCUGCUUUAUUGGGAAUUUAUCAUGGUCAACAUCAGAUAGAGUAUUGAAGCAGGCAUUUGAGAAGUUUGGUCAUUCAUCCACUUAUCGCAGUUGAUUGGUGUUUUCUUGUUUCCACCUUUUGCAACAUUGAUACUAUUUCAAUUAAAAUUGUCUACAGAUUAUUACAUUAUGCUUCUUAAAUUAAUUUUAGUUUGCUACUUCAGCUGGUUUAGUGGAAGUUUGCAGAUACUUUCUUUCAUCGGUCUACAGAUUUUAAUAGAUUAAUUCUAGUGAACAUAUUGUCCAUGACACGUAGAUUAAAGGAAUAUCUAAAAUUUGAGUUGUCACAUGAUUAAUUUCCCACUUUUAUGUAUUAUUAAGUGUGAUUGAAACUCUAACUCAAGUCGAAUUUAAAAAACAUUAAAAAUUCAUAUAUUUUUUUAACUAAAACUAUUAUUAGUUAAAUACUAAAAUUUAAAUAUACUUAGUAUAUUCAUAGAAAAUUAGCCCAUAACUAUACACAUAGGAAGUAAAAUAGACAUAAAUAAUUACUCUCAUUUCCUCACGCAACAAUCUCAAAACUUGCAAGUAAACGUCACCAUGUAUGUUGACACAAUUUGUAAGCAAUUGAAAGAUUAAUUAGCCAAACUAACCCGUAGUUAAUAAUUAAUAAACCAACUACUCAUGCAAACAUAAGCAAGAAGCAAAUAAAGUGAUUAAAGCUCAAUCAUGGUUUAAUUGACUUAAUUAACAAAUAAUAUGUCGUGAUUUUCAUGUGGUUUCUAAUAAAACUUAGUAAUUGGUAAAAAUGAAUUGAAUGAAACUUUAAUCGGUGAGAAGAUUUUUGGGUGUAGUGCCCAUACAAAAUGAAAAUUUAAUUACAACUAAAUGGAGUAGAUGCGAUUGAAUCUUUAAACUGAAAACAGGUUUUGGAGUGGGCCGGUUGAGUAUGCUAGUGGGCUUAACAGGCCCACCUCCAUCUGAGUCUUUUGUAUUCUCUCCUCGUCUCUUCUCUUCCUCUCGUCUCCUCCGUCUCUCUGUCGUCCGGCCGCCGCCGCCCGAUAGCCUUCGCUCUCGCCACUGCCCGCAAACAACAGGCCCGCAGCCGCCUCCGCCCUCGCUCAGCCGCCUCCGUCCGCAGCUUUUCAGCAGGUGGAGGACAUAAUAUAUACAUCAUGGUGAAUGCUAUAAAGGGAUUGUACAUCACAUGUGACAUUCCCAUGGCUCAAUUCAUCAUUAACAUGAAUGCUUCUCUGCCGCAGUCGCAGAAGUUUAUAAUACAUGUAUUGGACAAUACUCAUCUUUUUGUGCGGUCGGAUAUGGCUGGUAUGAUUAAAAGCGCCAUUGCAACUUUCAGAGAUCAGAAUACAUACGAGAAGCCCUCUAAUUAAUCUCCAUAGACAAAGCUUUGUGUGGUUUUUGUCAUCAAUUUGAACUUACAUUGAAUGUCUUUGGCCUCAAAAUAGGAACAGAGCACCAUCAGUAAAGAUUAGUUUCAAGAUUAAAGUUAGUUAAUACUGUACGAUUGCUUGAUAUAUUGUGCUUCAGAAAGAUGUUUGAGGCUGGCAUAUUCAGGAAA